CAGACACACUUCAGUCAUGGUUGCUUCCUUGAGGCUCGGGGAAACGACGGAGAUCUGAGCAAGGCGCUUGAGUGUUUCAGGAUCUCUGCAGAUUGGGGUGAAUCGGAGGCACAGAUGCGGGUUGGAUUGUGGUUUGAACAAGGUCGUGGGGCCGACAGCGAUCAAGUUGCAGCAAGACAUUGGUUCAAUCGAGCAGCACAGAAGGGGCAUCCCGACGGACAAUUCCAUCUCGGACGCUGCUUGGAGAAUGGGAUCGGUGGAUCGAUCGAUCUCAGUGGAGCCGUCACUUGGUAUCAGAAGGCUGUUGAUCAAGGUCAUGCAAUCGCUGCAACGAGCUAUUUCGAAUUAUCACAGCGACAAUCUAAUGCUGGAAAUGUCGAUGCUCAGUAUCACCUUGGUCGAUGUCAUGAACAUGGAAUCGGAACAUCGGUUGAUACUACUCAAGCACUGAGUUGGUACCAGAAGUCUGUUGAUCAAGGCCAUGCAAGCGCCUCAAAGAACUAUUUCGAAUUAUCGCAACUGCAAUCCAACAAAUGGGAUCGUGAAGCCCAGCUCCACCUUGGUCGAUGUUUUGAACAUGGAAUCGGAACAUCGGUUGAUACUACUCAAGCACUGAGUUGGUAUCAGAAGUCUGCUGAUCAUGGUCAUCCUGGUGCUCAGUAUCACCUUGGUCGAUGUCAUGAACAUGGAAUCGGAACAUCAGUUGAUACUUCUCAAGCACUGGGUUGGUAUCAGAAGUCUGUUGAUCAAGGCCACGCAAGCGCCUCAAAGAACUAUUUCGAAUUAUCGCAACUGCAAUCCAACAAAUGGGAUCGUGAAGCCCAGUUCCACCUUGGUCGAUGUUAUGAACAUGGAAUCGGAACAUCAGUUGAUACUUCUCAAGCACUGGGUUGGUACCAGAAGGCUGUUGAUCAAGGCCACGCAAGCGCCUCAAAGAACUAUUUCGAAUUAUCGCAACUGCAAUCCAACAAAUGGGAUCGUGAAGCCCAGCUCCACCUUGGUCGAUGUUUUGAACAUGGAAUCGGAACAUCGGUUGAUACUACUCAAGCACUGAGUUGGUAUCAGAAGUCUGCUGAUCAUGGUCAUCCUGGUGCUCAGUAUCACCUUGGUCGAUGUUUUGAACAUGGAAUCGGAACAUCAGUUGAUACUUCUCAAGCACUGGGUUGGUACCAGAAGGCUGUUGAUCAAGGCCAUGCAAGUGCAGCAAAGAACUAUUUCGAAUUAUUACAGCGACAAUCUGACGAGAGAAAUGUCGAUGCUCAGUAUCACCUUGGUCGGUGUUUUGAAUAUGCAAUCGGAACACCAAUUGAUCCUGUGCAAGCUUUGACUUGGUAUCAGAAGGCUGCCGAUCGAGGUCAUGCCAACGCCGCAACGAGUUAUUUCGAAUUAUCACAGCGACAAUCUAAUGCUGGAAAUGUCGAUGCACAGCUCCACCUUGGUCGUUGUCAUGAACAUGGAAUCGGAACAUCGGUUGAUACUACUCGAGCACUGGGUUGGUACCAGAAGUCUGCUGAUCAUGGCCAUCCUGGUGCUCAAUUCCACCUUGGUCGAUGUCAUGAACAUGGAAUCGGAACAUCGGUUGAUACUACUCGAGCACUGGGUUGGUAUCAGAAGUCUGCUGAUCAAGGCCAUGCAAGUGCAGGGAAGAACUAUUUCGAAUUAUCGCAACUGCAAUCAAACAAAGGGGAUCGUGAAGCCCAGUUCCACCUCGGUCGAUGUCAUGAAUAUGGAAUCGGAACAUCGAUUGAUACUGCUCGAGCCAUGACUUACUACAAGUGGGCUGCUGACCAGGGACACGAUGAAUCCAGCCUCAGCCAAACAUUCCUUCACGCCUGGGCUUGCUUCCUUGGUCUUGGUUUACCACAGAGUGACUCCGAUGCUUUCAACUCCUGGCAAGAUAUCCACGACCACUCCAAUGAUCCAAUCCACAAACCCAUCGCCACUCACAUGCUUGGCUGGAUGUUCUAUCUUGGCCGAGGUACCGAACGAGAUCAGCGGAAGGGAAUCCAACUCAUUCGCGACAAUCAGUCGAAUAUCUUCCCACUUGGAGAGAACAAUGGUCUCGCGGUACGACGUGCUUCAUUCACAACACCUUACUCUCCUGCUGUGCGGAAGUUUGCCGAGUUAUGCCAACUUGGAUCCACACACGAUUGGCUCUGCAAUCAUCUGUUUGCCGUCUCCCUUGCCCAAGGCUUCGGAAUCGCCAAGGAUGUUUCAAUGGCAGCAAGUAUCUUCGAGCAACUCGCCAAAGAUGGUCACAGUGACAGCCAGGUUUGGAUUGGAGCGUGUUAUUAUUAUGGCUGUGGUGUUCCCAAAAAUGACCCAAAGGCUUUCGAGUGGUUCUCGAAGUCAGCCGAUCAAAACAACUCAUAUGGACAGUGGAUGAUGGGUCGAUGCUCUUUAUGGGGAUAUGGAGUCCGAAGUGACCCCGCUGCAGCCAUAUCAUGGUUCCAGAGAUCGGCCGAUCAAGGCAAUAGAUACGGACAGACAUUUUUGGGACAAUGCUACGAAAAUUCUUUGGGUGUCACCAGGGACAUUGACAAAGCCAUUGAAUGGUACCGCAAAGCUGCUGAGCAGGGAUAUCAAAUUGCUCAGGGUCGGCUGGAAGUGCUCCUCAGAUAGUAUCGUCCCGUACCCAGCUUCAAAACCCUUCAUCGCCUUGAACCCUGUUGUCCUCGAAUAGGUUGCGCUGCAUAUCGAUAUUCACGUUCUCAUACUAGUAACUCACUGGAUCACGGCUCUAUUUUGCGUUCUCUGCUGACCAGUAAUGAUAAUAUGAUGGGUGCUGGUCGCUCUGCCGUGUUACACUUUGGCCAAUCCAGACUCAUCAAGAGAUUCGAUUGACUCGGAUCGUCGUUGUGAGUGGUGGUGGUUGAUAGUCGUCUAGUCUUGAGACGGUAGUGCUUUCCUCGUGCGUUCUUCGUUCUUGCAUGAAUCUAUCAUGGAGUAGUGACUCCAGAACGACAUGCACCAGCAUCAUCAUUUGCACUGCUGACUCGAUACAAUUG